AUGCACUUCACUUCUGCUGCGCUCGUCGUAGCCAGCGUUGCGAUUAAUCAAGCCUCUGCCACUGGUGGCAACUUUGGCUUCGGCGGCUGGGGCAGCCCUUUCUCCUUCUCGACGCCUGCGAAUACCGACAACAAGUGCUCCACAAAUCAGACGAACGGAUAUGACUGGUCGGGCCUGUCCCCGGGAUCAUUCGACAGCUAUGGUAGCAACAGAUUUUCCGGGUGGUCCUGCUCGAACUCCUUUGGCAAACGUGAUCUCCUGACGAAGCGUACCUUCCAAAGCAAAUGCAUUACUUCGAACCUAGACGACGAGCCUGCGGUGGACUGUAACGGAGAUGAUACCAUGUCCAUCAAGACCUAUCAAAUCUCUUCAGAUCAAGACGAGGACAUGGAUAUCGAGUGCCACUACACGAUGCCGGAUGAUUCGGUGUGCAAAGAAGUGCAUACGUGUGCUUCCACUGGCUCUACCAUCCAGAACACACAAUGCGGUGGCGCCAAGAAGGUCACCUUCAAGCCUGUGGGUAGCUUCAUAGGCAAGGGCUGCAACAUUGGCGUUCACAGCAUCGCGUUCGAUUGCGAGACGGCAUCUGCACCUCCAAGCUACUCCGCGACCUCGGCACCUCUCGAAAGCUCUACCCAGGCGACACCAUACAGCCUUAGCACCUCUGUGUCCUCGGCCGCCAGCAUUUCGACUCCGGCCUAUGGUACAGCCAGCUCCGAGGCAUUAUCUCCGACGUACUCGUCUGCGUCGGCGAGCGCUCCUUCGUACGCUAGCUCUAGCUCCAUUUCCGCAAGCGCCCCUGUAUAUUCACCGACCAGCAGUGUCGAAAAUUCGCCAGUCACAGCUUCAGCUUCAAAUCACUCGAGUCCCGGCUCCAGUUUGACCCCGACGAGCAGUGUCCCAGUGACGACGCCUAAUUCGCCACAGCCUAAUUCGCCGGAUGUACUUCCUAAAUGCAUCAACAGCUGGCUUCACUUGACCACGUGUAAAGAUAACACCGACUACGAGUGCUUCUGCAAGAGCGGCGACUUUGUGAGCAAAGUCUACAGCUGUGUCAGCGCAUGGUCCAACGACAAAGAUACUACCAACUCCGGUGCUGGCUAUUUCAUGGGUCUCUGCGCCGAGUACAUUCCUCACAACCCAGCCAUCGUCACGGGUUGUCCAUCGAGCAUUACGCCAGCUGCUGGCUACACCCCUGCAAGCUCAACGCCGAAUUCACCUGUUUCUGGAUCGCCAUCGGCAUCUACGGGCAAGACUGUCACAAGCACCAUUGUUGCCACCAUCACCAGCUGUGGUGCCGAUGUCGCAAACUGCCCUGCUACCUCAGCACAUGUGCAGCCUUCGUCGUCGGCCGUUCCUUCUGGCACUCACUCACAGCCAGUGCAGUAUUCCUCGUCGGCUAUCUCCACUGGCACUCACUCAAAGCCAGUGCAGUCUUCCUCGUCAUCUAUUGUCGACGCCGUUGGAUCGACUUCAGCGCAGUCUUCCUCGCCCGCUGUCCCCACUGGCAGUGCAUCACAGCCAGCGCAGUAUUCAUCGUCCGCUAUUCCUACCGGCACUGGACCACACCCAGUUCAGUACCCCUCCUCAUCUCUCGCCGACGCCAUCGGAUCGAUACCAAUGCCUUAUUCCUCAUCCGCCGUCCCCACCGGCGCUGGACCACACCCAGUUCAGUACCCCUCGUCUUCAUCCCUCGCCGACGCCAUUGGAUCGACACCAAUGCAAUAUUCCUCGUCCGCUGUCCCUACCGGCGCUGGACCACACCCAGUACAGUAUUCGUCAUCAUCUGCCCCUACUGGCACCGGACCACAGCCAAUGCCAUAUUCCUCGUCCGCCGUCCCUACCGGCGCUGGACCACACCCAGUCCCAUACCCCUCUUCAUCUCUCGCCGACGCCAUCGGAUCAACACCAAGCCAAUAUUCCUCAUCCGCCGUCCCCACCGGCGCUGGACCACACCCAGUCCACGCAAUAUCCCUCCUCCGCCACUCCCGCUCCCUCGGCAGGAAUCACCUCCCCCCCUUCAAUCCCCUACACAACGAUCACCUUCUCGUCCACCUGGAUGGUUCCCGCAACCUACUCCACCGGCACAAACGCAGGCUCUCCCAUCCCCUCCAGCAGCUCCACCACAACAUAUAUCACAACCCUCACCGUCCCUCGAGUCCACAUGACGACAUAUACUGUCACCGAAAGCGGCGGCAGCACGCAUAA